CUUGUGUUGGUUGUAAUGUGUUAGUAGCACUGUUUGUGUACUCCUGUUACAUGACAAGAAGCCAUGCCAAGAUUUUUUUACUGCUUUAAAUCAAUGUGUGCUUGCUCAUACUGUAGUGAGUGAAUCCCUUUCUCCCACUUUGAAUCCCAGUGCAGUUGUCAGUAUUCUUACAGAAAAGUAUCGAACCUUUAUAAUGCAAUGAAGUUUCAUAUUUAACAUGUGAUUUUUUAAAGAGAUUUCCCUAAAUGUUGUCUAAGUAAACAACUCCUUGAUCUGAUAUUUUAUUUUGGUCUUAUAAUUAUAUGCUUUCCUUUGAUGGUUUUAUUGAUUUCUGUAUUUUGAAGUUUCAAGAGAAUGCUUGAACUCGAUCUUCAAUGUGCUAUUCCUCUUGGAUUUUAUUGUGCUGCCCUUAAUUUUGGGGUUUCUGCUGGUGUUAUCCUUCCAUUGGGGGAUGGAUUCUUGAACAGUUCUUCAUCCAUGCCAGAGAGAUUCUUUUUAGGUGGAAAUACAUCACCACUUUGCACUUUAGGAGGACCAACAGCAUUAUGGGGAUUUAAGGCAAGGGGAUUGAGACUCACCAAACCAAGAAGACAGAUCAAUGAUGAGAAUGCCGAUCCUCCUGAGAGGGAUUGUCUUGGAGGAGACCUUGCUUUUAGUGCUUUAGCAGACCUUUCCUUUGAUCUUCCAUUUAGUUGGUUAAGAGAGAAAGGAAUCCAUGCUCAUGUCUUUGCAUGUGCUGGCAAUGUCACUAAGCUAACAGAAAAUGAGUACCGAAAUUUCACUCCACAGAAGUUUAUAGAGUCAGCCCGAGGGACUGUAGGAGUUGGAUUUGUCAUCCCUACUAGUCUAUUUCGCAUGGAGCUUAACUACUGCCACAUACUGAAGAAAAAUGAUCAUGAUCGUGCAAAGUCUGGCAUUCGGCUUACGUUCUCUACUCCUGCAUAGAAACUUCAAAUUUGUUUUAUGUUUAGUGGUCCACAGAAAUAAACAAUACUCAUUCAAGUAAUUGAGUUUUUUAAUUUUUCUUGGAAAGUUCAGCUCUUUGGUGGAUAUCGUAGUUUUGACAGGUAACCGUUUACCCUUUGUCGACCGUAGAUUUAGUACUUUUACAGGGGAGUUAAGAUAGCAUGCAAUUAUUGAUGCAAGAAUAUAGAAAAAUAAUGGUA